AUGCCGUGCACCUCGUCCUCGAGCUUGACCGCUGCAAGCAUCUCCAUCAGCUGCUCGCCCUCGUGGGCGUUGAACCGGGCGUCUUCGACGUGCUCGGCAUGCUCGGCCUCGACCUGCCUUGCCACGCUCCUAAACGACGUCAUCAGCGACGUCAUGCUCAGGGGCUCGACAUGCUCCGCCACUAUCGGCGUCGAUCUCGGCGGCGAUGGCGCCCUUGCCUCGACCACGCACUGCUCCUCGCCGUACUCAUCGCUCUCCGUCUCGUUCCCGUCGCCACCGCUCGGCUCACCCCCCUUGGUCCAAACCUGUCUGCCAGCACAUCUUCCCUACUUGCCACCACCUCGCCGUGUCGUCUCAAUCCAGGACUGCCGCUCCCCUCAUCGCGACCUGGUUCCCGAUUCCAGCCGGCGGACCAAGGCUGCGUCGGCGAAGGCGCUGUGUUCCGAAGGUCGCCCGCGAGGCCGGCAACCUCCAUGA